AUGGACCAGAAAGCUUUUGGAACUAAUUAUGGCUUGACAGCCAAAGUCCCAAAGGAUACACUUAAUCUCACCAAAGGGAUACCAAAAGAACAUGUCGCAGAUAACGGAUCUGGAGCUGUGAUUCAUCGAGAAUUUUGUCAAAACUGCGGUAGCUUCAUCCUGGAAUAUGGGGAUGCUGCCAAAGACCAUUUUCGCUACGUCUGUGUCGGAUCCUUGGACGACCCGGAAGCAUUACCUCCCAAGGGGGAGUUCUUCUGCAAGGCUCGGGCGAGUUGGAUGCCGGAGAUUCCGAAUGUAUUCCACAAGCAGACGGUAAAUGAGUAA